AUGGGACGGAAGAAGAAGAAGCAGUUGAAGCCUUGGUGCUGGUAUCCUUUUUUCCUCUUGGCGGGCGGGUGGCCGGGAGGCUUCUCGAGCUUGGAGAGGAAGAGGUCGGGCGGCCUAGCCUGGCUUUUUCCCUUCCCUCAGGAGAGGGAAGAGACCCCCGGCGCCUACUUCCACUGGGCUUCGAAGCCAGCCUCCUUUCCUGACUCCACCUGCCCCCGCUCCCAAUAUCCACCUGGGCCUAAUUCAAAUAGCUCUCGAACCAACACAGAAUUUCCAUAGGGAACGGAUUGGAUUUGUUUUCUUCUCCUGCCCUCUCGUGCGCCUCUGGUUGCCAACGUUUCAGUCGGCCGCUGCAGCUCUGCCCCGUUAACGAAAACUUCCCUCAGCGUAGACAUACCGGGUAGGCCACGUUUAUCGGCCUGAAAAGCUUCAACUUGAUUAUUUCUGCCUUUAAAGACACAAAAGCAGGGCAGGUUGAGUGGUUGAGGUUUUAUUUUUUGUGCUCCAUGAGCCACCGGCUUCUCUCGUAUAUUCCUCGGUGUUUUAGCAGACGACCCAAAUUUUACCAAUUGAUUCGGUUCUUAUCAAUUUCAGAGGCUAUUUUCGAAGAAAGGGGUGUUCCGCAUAAGUGUUGGUCUGCUGCCUUACUCCUAUCCUCCACAUCGGCUUUUCAUGUAUUCAUAAUGGGGACAAUCCAUACUCUUGGGCUUUGCCUUCUCCUCACACAUCUCUCUCCCCCCCCCCCAAUUUAGGUGUUUGUGAUAUGUUUUGCUUUGAGUAGUCCUUAUGUUUUGACUACGCCGUGAAUAAUGUUUCUCCUGGGAAGAUGUUUGAGGAUGCAUGAGAUAUAGGAGAAAAUUUGGGGUUGUCUAAGUCUUGUUUUUCUGAAACACAUCUUGUUGAAGUGUAGGUUGCUAGGUAGAAAGGGGGAGAUAUAUUUUAGGUAGAUCUGCCAGUUUUGUGCCUUUUCCUCAAUAAAUAAUGGUGGUGUCUUAUGAAGAAAAAGGAUAUAUUUGGGGGUAUAUAAUAGUACUGUUGUUUUUAAAUAAAUUAGCCUUUUUGCAUGCAUAAAGCCAUUUGUGAAAUUGUUUUGAAGUACCACAUUAGAAAUGAAAGGGAAGUGAUUUAUAGGAAAUGUAGGUUACUUUAACUCUUGUAGAAUAUUAAUCGACACUUAUAUCUGCUCAAUAUGAUGUACGUGGUUUCCCCGUUUUUAUUUUCACGACCCUGUAAGGAAGGUUAGGCUAAGAGAUGGUGACUGGCCCAAGGGCACCCAUGACUAAGUAGGGGAUUCUGACCCUCUAACCACUUCACCCCACUGGCUCUUUGAGACUAACCAAGCAGUCCACGCAAGGGGCAGGCUGAGUCCUUGGCAGAGGAAGCAUCACUUCAUAAGCUCUGCUGGCUUGUACAGUGGUCCCUCAGGUUAAGUACGUAAUUCGUUCUGGAGGUCCGUUCUUAACCUGAAAUUGUUCUUAAGCUGAAGCACCACUUUAGUUAAUGGGGCCUCCUGCUGCCACUGCGCUUGCCGCCGCACGAUUUCUGGUCUCAUCCUGAAGCAAAGUUCUUAACCCGAGGUACUAUUUCUGGGUUAGCAGAGCCUGUAACCUGAAGCAUAUGUAACUGAAGUGUAUGUAACCUGAGGUACCACUGUAUUGACAAAGACUAUGUAAACACCACACGUUAACCCACACACCCCAAAAAUGAAUAAUGGGAACUGGUAACUACAAUUGCUAGAAUUCUUUGGCGGGUACAGUGGUGCCUCGCAAGACGAAUGCCUCGCAAGACGAAAAACGCGCAAGACGAAAGCGUUUUCCGUUUUUUGAGUCGUUCCGCAAGACAAAUUUCCCUAUGGGCUUGCUUCGCAAGACGUUUCGUCUUGCGAGUUCUUGCGAGUUUGUUUCCUUUUUCUUAAAGCCGCUAAGCCGUUAAAAGCCGCUAAUAGCCGUGCUUCGCAAGACGAAAAAACCGCAAGACGAAGAGACUCGCGGAACGGAUUAAUUUCGUCUUGCAAGGCACCACUGUAAAUGUGUUUUAAAUGAAUGAUGUGUACACAGCCAUAAACAGAAGCAAGGGAAUCAGAAGCUUUAGUUUGGAGCCCUUGUGUUGUAUCUGGGCAUCUUACAGUUCCAAGCCCUCCCCUGGUCCAUCCCCUACUGCUUUUGGGACACCAGUAGUGAACAGAUCUACUAUUAUUCUAGAGGUUCUCUGACAAUGGUUCUCCUCUCUCUCUGCUGAGAGGAAGAUCUGCGAUAUCCUGUAGCCUAGGAACACCCUCCUAGGGACCACAUAAUUUCGGUCCCUUAUUAAAUAUUGAUUAUAAUUUUAUUUAUACAGACUUUCCGAUGAACACUUGCGUUCAACACUGCUCAUGGUACCAAACCCACCUCCCAUUUUAAAUCAUAUCUAAAAACUGUUGAUGUAUAACCAGUAUACUAAUCUCAGUAUGACAGUUUGAACAGGAAUACAUAAUAAAAUACAAGAUCUGUUCAGUUAGAAUAAGGUGUGUUUGGGGAAAAUAAGGAAAGAUUAAUGUGUGCAUCCCUUGAUCCAGAAUAGCAAGUCAAAUUAAACUUGAUAUUUGCCCUCUAAAACUAUUUUAUGGGCUCAAAUUAACUGAUUAUAUAUAAUGUAUAUUGUGACAUUCUUGUGCCAUAGCUCUACCUUCAGCACUCAAAUCCCUUGUUAUUAAUUAGUAUAUUUCAUACUUUUGUGAGUAGGGACUCUUUCUGGUCUCCAAGAAAGAGACUCGCAAAGACAUAAUUAGAGCUUGCAGCUUGGAAGGCUAACUGUAGCCCUAUUUUGUGUUAGGACCAGUGUUAGAAGCAGAGAUAUGAAAGCUAGGAGCUAAAUGGCACCUUAGACCUAGGUUAUAGGUGCAACAACAGAAUGUCUACGUGUGCUUUUUUAUAACAAGAAUACAAAGUUGAAAAUGAAUGAGCUGCAGCUAAAAUUCAUGUUCAUUUUUCACAUGGUCUAGUCCUUCCCCUGCCCACCCCCCUAAUAUUCUUAAGAGGGUCUCUUAUCCAGUCUUCAGAGAGUAGCUGGAAGUGGGGAGGCAGAAAAAGGUCCUCCUUUCCUUCCCCUCUGCAGUUUUAAUCUGCAAUCUUAGGUGCAGUACUGCGCCCAGAGCUCAGAAACUACUCACACUAAUGAAAUUCCCUGUCGCAAAGUGCGCCUAGAACAAUGGGAGUUUCGAGCACUGGUUAGGAGGCAGUUGCCAUCUGCAGCAAGAGUGGGCAGAAAGUAGCUCAACAUUUACAGAAUGAUGUCUUGAGUGAUUUGCAGUAGAGCGGCAUGGGUUUCAUUCCCAGUUUCGCAGUAACAACAAAACUGCUUCCCUGCCUGAUUAGGCUGCUGAAAUGUAAACAUUGAUCAGAAAUGGGUGUUUGAGUGCAAGAAUUGUGAGCUCUGUUCACUUCUAAUAUUUAAAACAAAUUUCUAAGCUCAGAAUGUGAUGAGAAGCACCCUUUUUGAAUUUUAACUGUAUCUCUUUUGUAUCUACCAGAGCCAGUUGCCACUGUCUCCCUGGUGAGGCAUGAUGCCAAGCAUAUAGAACCCCUCCCCUGAUUUUGAUGGUGCCUCAAAAGCUCUGCAAAGCAAGACCUCUCCAGAAGAGAGAUUUGAUCAGUUCUCUUUGUUACAUUAAGCUUUGUGGCAAAUCAUUCAAAUCACUUUGUAACAGAAUUGCUUCUUGUUACAAAUAAGAGAAGGGAUGCUUUUUUCUGUAACAGACAUUUGGAAAAAGGCUCACUCUUCUGCCUGCUCAGAAGGCCAACAACAUGACCUGAAAUGUGGCAGAGCUAGGGUAGGGUGCACUUUAUUUAAUGGUUGGCAGCUGAGCCAUAGCAGAGAUUGUGGGUCCCUGAGCUUAAUCCUCAGAUUCACUAUGUUGUGAUUUCCAUAUCAUUAAUGAUCAUGUAUGUGAAUCUGUAUACCCAGGCAUCCAUUUCGCAGUCUUUGCUGCUGUGAUUCGCAACACCCCUUCCUCUUAAAGACAUAUUUUGAUAACUUUACUAUGUUGUAUAGUAGGCAUGGACAGAUUUAAUGCAUGUGGGAUCUACUUUGGUAUUUCACUAUAACCCCAAGAUGCAAAAUAGUUACAGGAGACGGGUGGAAUCAGAUGCAAAAUAGUGGCCCAAGAGACAUAGACCCACAACAUUUCAUUAGCCCGAUAUUAAGAUAAGGUAUAGAUAUCCAUAUCAGUUACUACCGAUCACUGCAAAUUCUGAUAGCCAAUUUGAAAGGAGAAAGCAAGAUCUUUUUUUCUAGUGUUGAAACAAACAUUUGGACUCUACUGUAAAUUGUCCAGUGAUCUACUGGUAGGUCCCAAUGUGCCUCCUGCCCACCCUCAUUGUAUAUCCAAUUACCAAAGAAAUCAAAGUGUAAUUAAUACAUUUUAAAGAUCUGUAGCAUUCCUUGAGAAUAAUUAUUGUAACCUUUUUACUUCCAUGCUUUCCUUAACAAUGUGGCAUAGGUAUUGUAAUAGGGAUUUUGAUGAUGAGAAAAUUCUUAUUCAGCACCAAAAAGCAAAACAUUUUAAAUGCCAUAUAUGUCAUAAGAAACUGUAUACUGGACCUGGCUUAGCUAUACACUGUAUGCAGGUAAGUGCUCAGGUAUAUCCUUUUUUUCACAUGGUGGUCUACUGAAAAGCAAUGUGCUGUUGUUUUGUAAUCAUCUUCCAUAAUUUAUGAGUAUUCUAGAUUUCAGAACCAGCUGCAUUAAUGAAAGCUCUUCUUUGGUUGGUCACGGUAGGCCUUUGGGCCUGAUUUGCCCAGGAUAGUGGAUACUAUCAUGACUUUAUUAUUUGGUAGUUGGUUGGAGUCUGGUCUAGUUCUAAUUCUUUAAGAAUUUAAAGCUACAUUUGUAACUACUAUUAUAGUCCUUUGCAUGCUUGUCUGGGAGUAAAUACCAGCAUAGGAUUGCAAAUCUGAGCAUGCUUCAUGUGGAGAGAUUCCCAUAGAACAGCCUUUUUGUUUAUCCCCUCUGUAGAGAGAGAGUGUUUGUCUUUCUGCCUGUAUGCAGAGUGUGUAUGUGUGUUGACCACACCCACUGCCAGCAUGUGACCCUUGGAGGAUGGUCAGUAUAAAUGCAGCUCCAAAAAUGUUAGUUGUCCCUGUUUUAGACCUAAUUAGACCUAGCCCUGCUAUGUGAUUUAGACUAGUUUUGACUGCACUUGAGCUAACUAGAAUAUAGUAAACUGCCUUAGUUCAGAUUAUUUGUCCAUUUAGCUCAGUGAUCUAUUUUGACUGGCAGCAUUUCAGAGACUUUUGCCAUCCCUGCUACCUUUCCUUUUAACUAGAAGUGUCAGGAAUUCAAUCUGAUACAUUCUGUAUGCAAAACAUGUGCUUUACCACUGGUUCAAGCAUCCUUAAAUCUAAGAUGCUAUAAGUGCUACAGAACUAAAUUGUCUUAAGUUUUUUUAAAAAAAAAAACCAACAACCAUAUUAGUAACUUACCAUGGUUUGAACUUAUAUUUGCCUACUUUUCAUAGGUACAUAAAGAAACAAUAGAUGCUGUUCCAAAUGCUAUACCUGGAAGAACUGACAUUGAACUGGAAAUCUAUGGUAUGGAAGGCAUUCCAGAAAAAGACAUGGAUGAAAGAAGAAGGCUACUUGAACAAAAAACUCAAGGUAAAUUGAAAUACUUCAGUAUGGAAAGGGCUCAGUAUCUAAUUAUCAUGUUCUGAUGAAUAUCACCAGUGAGUGAUUACUGUGAGCAACAGAGAUGUAAAUCUAGACAUAUAGGUAUUAUUUUAUGGGUCUUUUAAAUUGUUGUGACAGUAAGGUGCAUAUGGAUUUUUUUAUGGAUUGAAACUUAAUGCUUGAAGAUCAACUGUGGGACUCAGUAUUGGGUCUAAAAUGAUAUUGUUUGUUUUUGGAGUAAAUCAAUACACCUAAUAAUGGUUGUAAGCAUAGGCUUGCCAUACAUCAGGAAAAUUCUGGGCACGUUGUGGUCUUUAGGUAAAAAUGGCUUUGUGGAGAUUUUCCCAAAUCUUCAAAAUGUGAGGGGAAACCCAGGGGUAUGGCAAUGUGAUGGGGACAGUAGCGGAAACAGCUCCAAAAGCUUAAAAUCACCAUUUUAGGGGAGGUUUGUUCCCCAAAAAACUGAACAAUUUAAGAAAAGCUCAACAACUUUGUGAGUGUCAGGAAUUUUACUUUUUGAACAACCCUAUUAUAAGCACCUUAUGUGUCCACCUUUUACAAAGUUGGUGGGAUAGGUAGCUCAAUGCCAGUGGAAUUCUGGUCCAACUGAAAUAUAUUGUGUCCUGUAGUUUCUGGCUUCCAGGUGGACAAUUUUGUUUAAAAUUGCUUUUUUGUUGAAAAAAGAGAGGAAAUAAUUUUACUGUGUUGCUGUGUGAUCUUAUUCUGCAUUAGCUAUUAUUAAUACUAUGAUUCUUAUUACCAAUUAAUAAAAUACCAAGAACCAGCAAUAUCACUAAUCACAUCAUUCAGCACAGUUAUUGAUUAUAUAUUCUGAAGAGAGAGCGAGGGAUGCUGUCUUGAAAGGCUUAACCCUAAAAGGUGACAUAUAUGUUAAAAAAAGAAAGAAAUGUUAUUUGUAUAUCCAGUGGAAGCUAAACCAGGCUAUUUUAUUCUCUUUGUAAUGGCUGGUUAUCAAGGUAAUCAUUGACAUUUGUUUACUUUUUCAGACUAGCAGAAGACUCCGAUACAUCCAAUAAUUGGUAUUUUUAGUGCUGGUUGCUGCUUCACUUGCACUAAAUACUCCCCAAUUUAGGUUUUCUGACCCAAGUAGCAAAUGAUUGGAUUGUGUAAUGGAUUCUAAUUACCGUUUAAACAAAUAAAUGAAUAUUGUUUGUAAUUGCUCUAAAUGUUACUGAAAGAGUCAUUAGUUUAGGUUUAACCCUAGUCUCUACUGUUGAAAAGGAAUAUUUAUGAGAUAAAAAGUAUAAGGUGGCAUUCCAUUUUAUUUGAAGCAAAUUGCAGGUCGAGUGACCCAAGAUGGAAUGUGUUAAAGAGCAAAUAAUUUAACAUCUGAAUGUUAAAAACUCUUUUAGCAGAAAGCCAGAAAAAGAAACAACAAGAUGAUUCUGAUGAAUAUGACGAUGAUGAAUCUUCGGCUUCAACCUCAUUUCAGGCACAGCCUGUGCAACCCCAGCAGGGAUAUAUACCACCCAUGGCACAGCCGGGUUUACCUCCUGUGCCAGGUGCACCAGGAAUCCCUCCAGGUAGCUAAAUGGAAAUAGUGUGAUGAUUGUCUUAGAAGUUGCUUCAGUAAUGAGAAAACGUUAGUUGGAAACAUUUUGUGAGGUGCUAUUUUGAAAUAUAAUGGGUACUUAUAAACAAUAAUUAGUUGCUCCAUACUGAAUACAGUUUAUGUUCUUCCAAAUAUUUGAGAGCUGCAAAACCAAUCUUAUUAGAGGGGGAAACUCUAAAAUUGCCUUGAAAACAUUUGAUUGGAAUUUUAGAAACUGCUCCAGUUCUGCUAGCUACCAGACAGCUUCACAUCCCUGAAACUGUGGUUUCCAUAAUAUGUAACCUGUGGUUUGAAAUUUGGCUGCUCUUCCUUGAAAAGCUGUGUGUGGACAUAAGCAAAUGUGUAGAGAAUUCUGGGGUAUAUUGACGGAGUUAGGAAAACAGAUAGAAAACGUUGGUUAUGCAGCUUUAUUUGUGACAGUGUAAUGCCAUCUUUUAACCAAGUUCUCUGGGUAGUUUGCAAUACAAUUCACAGGUCACAAUUACAUAUUUCUCAAGUGGAAGCUAUCACUCUCUAAUGGUUUUUAACAAUGGAAAGGGUGGCUUCUUUUUUAAACAUGUGACACAUGGUACCCUUUGACUGAACUAGUAGUGGUCUUUUGUAUUCAUAAACAUACUUUGCGCCAUAAUUUGGAGCAGCAGGUGUCUCAAAUGGGAGAAGGGGAAAAUCCCGUGGAUAAUAUUAAUGGAUAAUUUUCUAUGUUGAACUUCUUUUAUGUUAAGGGAAAGGGUUCAUGAUCAUUCAGAAUAUUUCUUUAGUGAACUAAUCAAUAAUCAACACACAUUCUCUGGCUUUCAGGUAUACCACCAUUAAUGGCAGGUGUUCCACCAAUGAUGCCUGGAAUGCCCCCAGUGAUGCCUGGAAUGCCACCUGGGUAAAUAAAAACAGUGGAUUAAUAGUGUAGUCCAUGCCUAGACAAGCAUGCUUCAUUUUCAAAUCUAUCCUGAGUUUUUGGACUUUGAAGUUGCACACUAAUUAUACAAUGCUCUUCUUAAAAUCAAGUCUUAACAUUUCUGUCAGUGGGCAGGGAUACUCCUUUUCUCUCUUUAUACCCUUCAUUAUGCAUUCGUUCUCUUUCCACACACUCAGCACUCCCAUUCAUACUUACUCUGUCUCACACCAUCUGCAUACAUGCCUAUGGCCCUGGUGUGCCAGACCCUUUCCCUUGCUGAUCUGCAUCUCCCUGGCAGAAUCUCUUACCCAAACUGACUUUUUCCUGCUUUGUCAUUCUCUCCUACUCCACCUCACCCCACACAGUUACUCUGUCCCCUCUCCACUCUUUUUCCUAGCUGAUGUAUCCAUUGUCUGCCUUUGCCACUCCCUCCGGAAGAGAUAGAAACAACAGGAAGGUGUGCAGGCAAGCUCAGUUUCCAGUGUGACAGCUAGUGUCUGACUGAAAGACACAAGGCUUCUCUGGCUUAUCUAGCAGCAGUUCUUUGCAGAACAAAUGAAACCACAAUGGGGCUGAGGGAUGAGGUGGACCAGAAGGCAGCAUCAUGGGUUUGAUAUAGCCUGGACCUGGUUUCCUGCCCCUGUUCUACAUGUUACUGAUUCAGAUGGUUCCCAAAACAAUGUUGCCAAUUUUCUUGGGCCAUUAAGAACAACUUGGCACAUACUGGAGUGGCUGGAUGUUUUCCCAGUAUCAUUAGUUCUCUCCAGUGGUUUUGAAUAUGGCUUUCCAGUGUGGUUUUGGCAAAGGGGUCUGUCUGCUUUUUCAUUUUUUUGAGUUGGAAAUCUGAUCUCCCACUCUGCUGCUGAGUUCUGCCUGCUUCCCACAUCCAUCUAAACAACUUUCCCAGGCAUGGAGGGAGUGGUGAGUUCAGGCUACCACAUCAUUGUGCACUUGGCUUCCCCUUCUGGCCUUAAGACAGAACAGUUGAAUGGCAUCCCAGCUGGUUUUCUACAUGCCUUGAGUUAUGGAAUGUUUCAGACAGGUCUGCCAUGGAUAGCUACUGAAAGUUGGAACUUACAUUUCUCAGUGGAAAUCCUUGGAUGUCCUUAAUAACAUUGUGUACCACAACCCUUCCCCUGUCUGGUGGUCCUCUGCAGAUGUUCUGCACUACAGUUCCCUUUGGGGAAGGGCUAUAGCUCAGUGGUAGAGCACAUGUUUGCAAAAGGUUCCUGGUGUUUCCAAGUAGGGCUGGCCUGAAACUCUGAAGAGCAGCUGCCAGUCAUUGUCAGCAACGCUGAUCUAGAUGGACCGGUGAAGUGACUUGGUUUAAAUCUGCUUCCUUUGUUUCCAUCAGCCCCAGCCAGUAAUCAAAGGUGAUGGGGAAAUAAGAGUUCAAAAUGUAUGGAGUGUGGUUUAACACCAUAUCAGUUACUGUGUAUGUUACUACUAUGGAAAUUCCAGUUUUGGUGUUUUAUAGCUUCUGUUUUGGAAAUACGAUGUUUGGUGUCCUUUUAAAAAAAUAAUAAAAAUUAUUGAGAGAGAGAGAAAUAAGGACCACACAAAAUUGGGGAAGGAUGCAACAUUCUGAUAUGCAUUCUUUAUGGCCUUUACCAUUUUCUUCAUUCUUCAUAGGAUGAUGCCAAUGGGUGGCAUGAUGCCUCCAGGACCAGGAAUCCCCCCUCUCAUGCCUGGUAUGCCACCAGGUAGGUCAGGAAUGACGAAUCCAUACUGUGGUGAGAGUUACUUUAUUUUGUUUUUGAACUGAUCUGGAGUUGCUGUUACUUCUCUGCAUAAAAUGAUGCACUUUUUAUAGGGUUUGAAAAAAAUGGCACAGAAAAAAGUUCGCUCUAUGUUAUAAUUCUCCUUUGGAACAUUUUUAUUUUUUUUUUAAACCCUCAAUCUGGACAUCUAACAUAACUGUAUGGCAUGGCAGGGGAACACUACAAAAUGAAAUUAGAGUUGAUAUAAAAAGUUCUUAGUGCAAAUAAUUUUGGGUGGCUCAUACUUGGAAGUCUUUGCAGCUUUCACCUUGAUUGUGAUUGUUGGCAUCACUUAAUUUUAUAUCCACCUCUAAAUCAAUUUGUGAAUAAAGAUGCCAUCUUGUUCUGGGGAUGUGGUAAGAAAAUAAUUUCCUUUGAUUAUUUUUUAAUUUUAAUUUUUGCAAAUAUAACAUAGGAAGGUUUACUUUGCAGGCACAGCUAAGCCUGGAUUUUUCCUGCCCCACCCCUGACAUCCUAUAAGAUGUUAGAUAUAGGGCAGGUGGUUAUAGCUUGGCUGAAAUGGCAUCAAGGGGCCAAAGGGGAGGCCUGAGAGGCCAAAUUAGGCACAUAGGCUGGCGAUUCCCCACUUCUGUAUUAAUCACUGAAAGUAACUUAAAAGGGUGGUUGGCCAUAGCCCCAUGAGCAUCAUUAUCUAGUGGUGGUGGUGGGAGUCAUUUGUUCUGCAGGGAUGGGCAGGUGCCACUGCAUUAUGGUGGUAUCUGAGGUUGCUGCAAGUGUGUGUCAUUGUGGCAUGGGACAGACUUUCUAAACUUCAGUGUAAUAUGUUGGUUGUUGGGUUUUUCCCCACUGUCGGCAAAAUCAUCUGAAUUUUGCCUGGCUGGAAAGAUGCCUACUGUACAAAGUUUGAGUCUUAUUUAUAGCUCAGUUUUACCUCUUGCCAUGUCCACCAUUGGCAUGUGGCUACUGAAACAUUUCACAUAAAGGACUGACUUGACAAAGCAACGUGAAUGUGCCGACGCUCAGAGAGAAUCUCACAGCCACUUUGCUGCUGCUCCCCCCCCCAUUCCUUUUGGCCACCUUUUUGCGCAAAUUGGGAUUUGUGGUUAGCCUAUGUCCUCGCCAACUACGAUGCACAAGCCGGAGGAGUAAAGCAAGCACAUUCAUACACCAAUUCUUGAAGUUGCAUGAUCAGAGCAGCAGCAUUUGAUCUGACCUCAGGCCUUAAGUACAUAUGCACACACAACAUAAAGAUCAUUUGUAAAAACUAUUGCUACCAAAAAGUUGGAUUAUGCUCCUAAUACUAGUUUACUAUCACAGUUUUCGUAAUUGUGGUUAGUUAUGCCUUCUGUUGAGUUCUAGCUGUUCUCUGUUAUUUAAUAGAAUAUUGUCCUACUAUUAAAAAAUAAUUUAAUAGGGACAUGUUUUGAUACUAAAGUCUUCAGAAAAUUACCAUCAGGAUAAUUUUAUUACAGGUAUGCCACCACCUGUCGGUCCUCGUCCCGGUAUGCCUCCGAUGACACAAGCACAGCCUGUGAAUGCUCAAGGUGUACUUAACAGACCUCCCACUCCUGUUGUUGCAGCACCAACCCCUCAGCCUCCCGUUACUAAACCACUUUUUCCCAGUGCAGGACAAGUAAGUGUGUUUUACAUCCUGAUAGGAGGAUUUUUAGACUGUGUUUAUCCUAUCCUAUGUAAGUUGUAAUAGUCACGCUGCAGGAACACCAGCACUCAAAUCACUGGGGUUGUUAGACAGAUUGCUUGGUAUUUGCUCCUAUCUUAUGCUGGAAUUACUAAACAAAUGUAGUCUCAAAAUGCAGGUUUGCUAUUUGCACCUGCUGUCUUUCAUGCUAAGGUACCAUUUUAUUUAUUUUUGCAAAAGAAUAAGUAUGUUUUGAUCUUUGUUACCAGGUGCUCAGGGCCAUGUUUCCAUGAACAACUUUUAUAGCCAUUGGAACAUCCUUAAAAUUAUAAAUUCAUAUUAUCAUAAGGAGAAAUCACAGUGAGUGAGCAGGAGCAUGCUUCUGAAAUGAUUUUUUAAAAGAUUAUUCUGCCCUACAAUGUUUAUUUCGUAGUCAGCUAAAAUAAACUUAAUCCUUCUCCUGAAAGAUAAAGAAGUUAUGCAGUAAUGAAAUAAAAUGCACACAUAGAGACAUUUGAGAACCACUUGCUGUUUAACAGAGUGGAAUGGUCUGUUUGAGAGAUACAUGCUCUCUCCUGUUUCAUUGGAUUCAUUGUAAAUGAAUAAGUCUUGUAUGACUUCCAAGCAUAUUGCAGAGUCCUUCAUAAUGCGUUGUUGCAUUUUGAACUUCUGCAGGGAAGAGACUCAUUUACAAAAGUCAAUCCAAGAUCCUUCCUAUUGGUUAUCUUUCACGCAUAUAUUCGGAGACUGUUUACUGUUUCGUUUCUUUUAUGCUACAGAUGGGGACACCUGUCACAAGCUCAAGUACAACUGCAUCCAAUUCAGAACUGUCAGCACCUUCUAAAGCUCUGUUUCCUAGCACAGCACAAGUACGCAGGAAGUUGCAGUUUAAAAUUGCUUUGCUGGUUAACCCUUUAGACCGUUAUGUAAACAUUAAAACAUCUGCCUAAACAUCUUCAGAUAAUUGAGGAUUCCUGAUUAUGUUUAGCUAUUAAUCCCAAUCUUAAAUUGUUUGUAUUUUUAUUUUUUUACAAAUUGUGCAUAAUAUUUCGGUAAUAGAAAUAAACAAAAGAUUCUACAUUGUGGUUCUAAAGGGUUAAGAAGAGCAUGAAAGCAGUUGAGUGCGUUUUAGUUGGCAGUGGUUUACUUGAUGCAUGGUUGUUUUUUUCUAGUUUAUGCUGUUAUUUUUUAUGCAUCAUGAUAAAAGUAAGGAAAUGUCCAAACAAAAAAUGCAUCAUGUCUUAAAUCCCAACCUAUCUAGUCCUGAAUUUGAAAUUCAGUGGUGAGUGCAGAAUUUGUGCUAUUGCUUGUCAAAGCAUUCUCUCAUAAGUGAAACUAAGAGCCCCCAAAGUAAGAAAAACAUGUAAUUUAAAAUUCAGUGAUGAGUGCAGAAUUUGUGCUAUUGCUUGUCAAAGCAUUCUCUCAUAAGUGAAACUAAGAGCCCCCGAAGUAAGAAAAACAUGUAAUAGCUUCACAGUCAUAGUAGGGUUCUAUCUUACCCAUUUGAUGCAAAUAAGGUUUUUGUAGUUUGUAGGAAAGGAAAGUAGUUCAGCACUAUAAAUUACUAUUUGAAGUGUCUCAGAACUUCAUUUUGUUUUUAUGCAGAGAAUGCUUUUAAAUUCACCUGGUUGACCCACUAGCAUUCUUAGAAGAAAAAUCUUCCCAUAUAUUCUAAUUCUGUUUGAAUGCUAACUUGCCUAAUACUAUUCUAAACCAGUAAUUUCUAGAUUGGCCUAAUUACAAAAAUAACAUUUCUUAAUAGAUAUGACUUAUUUUGAACGUACUGUAUGAAAAGAUGAAAAAGGGACGGCAACAAAUAGUUACCCAAUUUGUCUUGCUUUUGUUGUGGUUUUUGAUCUGCAACAUCUCAGUUUUGUAAUGUGUUUGUGUGUUGGGAGGCACUAUUAUUUUUUUCAUCCCAGUUUGCUUUGUUAUGUAAUGGGGCUGAACUUUUACUUUAUGCUAAUCUAGCUGUGCAAACAGAUUGUAAUGCUACAGUGUUUAGAAUUUUUGCAUUUUAAAUAGCAUUGUCCUUAUAGUUUAACUUUGUGUUUUUACAGGCUCAGUCAGCUGUUCCAGGUCCGGUUGGUACAGAUUUCAAACCUUUGAAUAAUGCACCUGCAACUACCACCGAACCCCCAAAACCUACAUUCCCUGCUUACACACAAUCUACAGCUUCAACCACUAGUACAACAAACAGUACUGCAGCUAAGCCAGCUACUUCUAUAACAAGUAAGCCUGCUACCCUUACGACAACCAGUGCAACCAGUAAGUUGAUCCAUCCAGAUGAGGAUAUAUCACUGGUAAGUUAAAUAGGAUUUCUCCUUGCUCCAUAGUUGUGAGGAAAUGAUCAAACAGUUGUACCGUUUAUGUGGCAGCUCUGCUUCCCACCUCUUCCCUCACCAUUUAGUGCGUCUAACAUGAAUUAUAGCAAAUUUAGAAUUGCUUUGUUUACUGCGGUAUACUUCUCAGAGCCCAAUGCAGGUGGUGUUAAAAUUCAUGUCAGACUGCUUCAUAUUUAUUGGUGUGCUUUAUGAACCAGAUUUUCAGACUACAGUAUAAUGACAUAAUCCAUAAUAACUGAAUAAUCCCUAAAUCCUGCUUUGAAAGUAGUAGAAAAAGUUAAUGUAGAAGUAGAAAUUGAUAAUGUAGCAUUUUGUUAUACCAGAAUUUACAUGCUAUAAUAUGUAUCUCUGUAAGUUUGUAGAUGAGAUUUAAUUGGUUGAGUAAGCCAAUUUAAAUAUUCUUCAUUGAAUGUUACUUGAGCUGUACUUGUGUCUCAAACUGACCUUUGAUUUGAUCUCAUAUUGUUGAAAUUCUCCCUGUAUGCUUCCCUUCAUAGGAAGAAAGAAGAGCACAGUUGCCUAAAUAUCAGCGUAACCUCCCUCGACCUGGGCAGGCAUCCAUGGGCAAUCCACCAGUUGGACCAAUGGGAGGUAUGAUGCCACCGCAGCCGGGAAUGCCCCCCCAGCAACAAGGAAUGAGACCUCCAAUGCCACCCCAUGGUAAAAACACACUUAAUCUUCUUGAAAUCCUAUACAGUUUAUGUAUUACAAUCCUAUACAAUUUAUGUAUUUAAUUAUUUCGCAGUGUCUAUAUGCUACUUGAUUGUAAUACGAGCUUGAAGCGAUUUACAAAAAUACGCAAGUUGAUUGCAGCCUAAAUGUUUUACUCGCAGUAGUAUUGCUUAAAGGUGUUUGUAAAUUUGUUUUUUUACCUUCACAGGUCAGUAUGGUGCUCAUCACCAGGGCAUGCCAGGAUACCUACCUGGUGCAAUGCCUCCAUAUGGUCAAGGGCCCCCAAUGGUGCCUCCUUAUCAAGGUGGACCUCCUCGACCGCCAAUGGGAAUGAGACCGCCUGUAAUGUCGCAAGGUGGCCGCUACUGA